GUCUUUUUACAGGGCUGGCUACACAAGGGCAACAUGAACAGCGCCAUCAGCGUCACCAUGAGGUCAUUCAAAAGAAGGUAUUUCCACCUGACGCAGUUGGGCGAUGGGUCAUAUAAUCUCAACUUCUACAAGGAUGAGAAGAUCAACAAAGAGCCCAAAGGAACAAUCUUCCUGGACUCCUGUAUGGGAGUGGUGCAGGUGUGCAGACAUGCUCUAAUGUUCACAACACAAACCUCCCUCUGUCUUGUUCAGAAAUCGUCAUUUUAGUUUACUAUAAAUGCUUGUUUAAAUACAGUUUACUAAUAAUGCAUUCACUUUAACCAUAUUUCAAAGACAAUAGAAGUAAUUAUGAAAUUGCAUAUAAAGAUGUAUGCUUAAGUUAGUUAAAAAACACACUUGAAUUCAGCUAAUAGCAUUU